AUGAUGGUUUCAAUGGAGGCCUUAGCCAUGUCAGGAGCGGAUUACAAAGAAUGGGGACUUAGUCUCGAGGAAUGGGAGCUUCAAGAUUCUAUCGUUCCAUCCCAUUUACUUGCAGAUGACUAUGAAGAAGAAGAAGAAGAAGAAGAAGAAGAAGAAGAAGAAGAAGAAGAAGAAGAAGAAGAAGAAGAAGAAGAAGAAGAAGAAGAAGAAGAAGAAGAAGAAGAAGAAGAAGAUCAUCAAGAUGAUGAUGAUAGCGUUUUCAAUGGCUUAUUGAUGAAACGAGAUGGUAUUUGUCACAUUAGAGCUAUGGUUGGGAAAUUGAUGGAGAAAUCUCUCUUAAAUAUAGUACUUAUUCACCUAAAGCUGCUUAAAUUCUUAACAAUCAUUCUUGAGAAGUUUUUGUUCAGCCAUGUUAUUGAGUUUCUUUUGUAA